GCUGUCCGGUUCCGCUCUACAAAUGAGCAAUCAACCGAAGAUGGUUAAGGUGAGUUGAUAAUUAAUUUCUCCAAAAUUAAUUGUGAGUUUAAAAUAUAGUUCUGUUUUGUUGUUCAGCAGAAGGUGGUGAUGAGGUUGCCGAUGGAGGAUGCGAAGAGGCGAUCCAAAGCUCUCCGGACGGCCGUAGGAUUGCCUGGCGUUGUGUCGGUGUCGCUGGACAAAGACCGGCUGACCGUGGUGGGGGAGGGGAUCGACUCGGUGGCUCUCACUGUCGUCCUAAGGAAGAAGAUGGGCCCCGUCGAGCUCCUCAGCGUUGGCGACGAACGGAAGGACGACAAGAUCAGGCAGCCGUCUUCGUCUUCCUCAUCGUCGUCCGCAGUGGGGACGGAGAACAAAAGUACCUGGUUGACGCCGCCGGUCAGCUAUAAUUAUGCGUACCAAGCCCCCGUGCAAUCGUACUAUCAUCCAUAUCCCUACGAGGUGCGCAGUGCUGACCAAGAGAACUGCAGCAUCAUGUAGAGCUAGAUCUGUGUCAUGGAUUAGCAAGCACGAAUCGAUCGAGUUGACUUUAUAAGAUCUAAGGAAUGGUGGUAUUUUAGGCUAAUUUAAGUAAUCUUGCGGUCAACUCUGUGAUCUGUUUGAAUAUGAGUAAGCACGAUGAUAGGUUUUAUGUAUAUGGUUAAAUUUAAUCUAAACAAUCAUGGGCAAAAGUCAAAA